AUGAGCAAUGUCUUGGCGAUCGAUGUGGGCUACGGCCACGUGAAAUGGGUAUCCAUCAACAGCAAUGGAGAAACCAAAAAGGGUAUGUUUCCUUCUGUUGCCGCGAUAACUACAAGGGAUAGGUCCGGCGAAAGCAAUGGAAUGACCGGGCUCCGGACCGUGACGGUGAAUGUAGGCGACCAUAACUAUGUUGUUGGCCGAGACGCCUAUCUCGAAACCGACGCUCACUUCUCCAGAACCAGGCUGAGUGACUAUUCCCAGACCAAUGGCUAUAGAGCCCUCAUGCUCGGCGCGAUGGUCAUAUCCGGGAUGAGAGAAAUCGACCAACUUGUCAUUGGCCUGCCUCUUUCAACAAUGGCGAGCUAUCACGAAGUGCUCAAGGAGCAAUACAAGGGCGAACAUCUGGUCGGAGCGGCAAACGCGAAACGUAAAAACGCCAUUACGGUGGAAAACGUGACAGUAACGUCGCAGCCCGCCGGCGCGAUCCUGCACGCAGCCUCUGUAGAUGAGACAUUGCGAAAGAAAACCAGCCUCGUGAUCGAUGUAGGCUAUUUCACCGUGGACUACCUGAUGUGCCAAGGCCUGCGCCCGUAUUACGCCAGGUCUGGGGCCGUAGAGGGUGGCAUGAGCAGCUACUACGACCAUCUUGGGGGUGCUGUUGUUGAGCAGAUGGCCAAGGAAGACUUCGGCAAAAAAUCCGGUGUGGACCACUUCCUGUUGGAAAAGGCUUUAACCGAAGGGGUUCGACUGGAAGACGGAAGCAUGAAAUACACCCUGAUGGUGGGUAACAGGGCGCUGGAUAUCAGCGGUAGCGUCAUGAAGUCCAAGAUCAAGAUUGCUGGCUACCUUGACCGGAUAGUGACUGGUAUGGGAAGCAAUUCGUUUGACAUGAUCAACAGCAUCAUCUUGGCGGGCGGUGGCGGCGCUUUCCUGAAAAAUGAGCUAAAGGAAAGACUAGGGAAAAGCCACGAACUUAUUGAACUUAGCCAGGGCCAGUUCGCCAUUGCGCAGGGAUAUGCCGCGCUCGGCGUAGUGUCGGCUAACAAACGCCUGGGCGUGGUGGCUUGA